AUGCUUGCUAGCAGCUUUGCCGGUUUCAGCGUUAUCGUGCUGGACAUAGCGCUUCCUCAAUAUCUCGACCUUCACUGGCAUGAUAGCGCUUUCGCGCAAUACCGAGAUGCAUUUCCUGAAGAAUACCGCAAUGACCGGUUGGCCUUGGAAAGUCAUGUCCGGGACCUAGUGGCGGCAGAUGUUAAAGCCCCCUAUUUAAAAGCUCUUCAGGGCCUCUUGUGGCAGGAAGGGUAUGAUUCAGGAGAACUCAAGGCUCCUGUCUUCCCUGACGUGGCUCUCUUCAUAUCUGAGGCUCAUAGUGCUGGCAAGAAGGUAAUGAUCUACUCCUCAGGAUCCGUUCCAGCGCAGAAGCUUUUCUUUGCACACACGACUGCUCAGCCGUCAGACCUGUCCCAGUUCAUAACCGACUGGUUUGACACCGUCAAUGCUGGUCCCAAGACAGAGGCGAGUAGUUACGCAGCGAUUCUAUCCACCCAUCCGGAUGUCGAGCCUUCACGCUGGCUGUUCUUGAGCGAUAACCUCGACGAAGUCAAUGCUGCACUCGGGGCAGGCAUGUGUAGUCUUCCGGUAUCUCGUCCAGGAAAUGCACCAUUGCCUCCUGGAAAUAGUUUGUCAGGCAUGGCGAUACUUGAUUUUUCGCCGGAGUCAGAUAUUCAGAUCCAAAAGUCUUUAGCCGCCCUGACAACCAGCAGAGAUUGA